AUUAGGCCUAAUGCCCGAGUUGUUACUGAGAUGAAUGACUGGAUGGUCACUUGUGAAUUAUGAACAGUGGGGAAAUACUACGUUUCGGCUCGUCAGUGUUAUCACUAAAAGUUAAAAUCAACAGAAGUAUUAUUAUAUGAUAUUUAUUUAUUCUUUAGCUGUACUAUUUUAACAGUUUUAUCUCAUUAUUUUUAUUGCGAAAAAAACCUCGGAACAGCUGACACAGUGUGUAGCCAAGCCUACUACUCGUAGAUAGGCCUGUUAUUUGGGAACAAUGGAUCUCGAGAAAAGCACAGAAAAUUCACGGACUUUAAAACCGAAGAUUAUUAUUAUAGGAGCAGGAAUUGCAGGCAUCGCAGCCGGAGAAUUUCUAUCCCGUAAAGGUUUCACGGACUUUCAGAUCCUCGAAGCCACGGGUAGAACAGGGGGCAGAAUUUGGAGCGUCAGUGUUGAUGAUGAUGGACACAAGGCUGAAUUGGGUGCUAACUGGAUCCACGGAAUUGAGCGAAAUCCAAUAUUUCAGAUCGCAGAUCAGAAUCACUUGCUUCAGCUGAGACAUGCUGACCACACACUCAAACGACAUGAUUUGUAUGUCAUGGAAAACGGUACUCGCGUGAGUGAAAAAAUUGUCAAGGAAGUUGAUUUUUCGUACGGGAUGCUCAUUCAGCAGUGUGAAGAUUUCUUUGUGUCUGGGAUUCCAACAUCAGAUGAGAACGACAGUGUUGGUGAAUAUCUGGUUUCGGAAUUCGAGGAGAAACUUGAUAAGUAUUCUAACAAUGAUCGCAAGGUAAGGCAAUUAAUAUUUAACCAGCGUCUGUUGCUGGAGUGUUGCAUCAGUGGUUGCGACAGACUCGAGGAAGUGUCUCUGUCAGAGUUUGGUUCGUACGAGGAACUGCCUGGAGUCCACUAUACAAUUCCUCCGGGAUUCGAAGCCAUCUUGGAAAUACUGAAAAAAAGCAUCCCAGAGAAAAACUUUUGUCUCAAUAAACCAGUGAAGUGUGUUUCCUGGGACAUGUCCAGUGAAAAGACAGGACAGAAAGUGUGCGUGGAAUGCGAGGAUGGCGAAAAGUUCUAUGCAAAUCAUGUAAUCUCGACAGUGUCGUUAGGCGUGUUAAAAGCUGCUUGUGAUAGGAUGUUCGUUCCACCACUGCCCAAAGACAAGAAGGAGGCCAUACAGAGUUUAGGGUUUGGCAUUGUGAACAAAGUGAUUCUCGAGUUUGAUGAGCCUGUGGUGGCUUCCGAUGUCUUUAGAAUCCAUCUGCUCUGGGAUUCACAGGAGAAUGGCCCAGGAACUGACCUCCGGAGUACAUGGUUCAGAAAAAUGUAUUCUUUUGAAGUGGUGCACGAUCAUGUCCUUAUUGGUGAUCAAGUUCAGGAUCGAGGAACAUGCAAUGGAGAAACCAAUCAUAUCGGCUCACAACACACUCGGCAGUUGUUGAUGGGAUGGUUGUCAGGAAAUCAAGCCAUAUUCAUGGAAUCACUGACCGAAGAAGAAAUUGCUGAUGACUGCAUUGAGAUUUUAAAGAAAUUCCUUCAAAAGAAAGACAUUCCUCGUCCGAAGCGAGUUCUCAGAACGCGGUGGGGCAGCAACCAGUACACGAGAGGAUCCUACACAUUCAUUGCUGUGGGCUCCUACCACUCCUACAUAGACAGCCUGAUGGAACCGCUCACUCCCGUCGACAGUGACACUCCCCGAGUCUUGUUCGCAGGGGAGGCCACUCAUCCGACAUUCUACUCCACAACUCAUGGUGCGCUACUGUCUGGCUACCGUGAGGCUCAGCGCAUAGUCAGCCUCUACUCCCCGUGAUCUCUGCUCAGCUUUGGAAGCAGACACCAAGCCCUACGGUGCAUGUCUCCGCUAACAUCGACACUUGAUGCGGACAGUUUUACCACAUAUUGAGACGAUACAGCUGUGACAUGCUAUAUAUAGGUUGAAGGGUUUGACCAUGUGAUUUCAUCUUACUCAACUUACUCAUGGACGAUACAGUCAAAUAUAUUUGUAUGUACAAAAUAUAUACUGGAGGGUUUUUUUUUUUUUUUUUUUUUUUUUUUUUUUUUUUUUUUUUUUUUUUUUUGGGGGGGGGG